AUGGCAGCGAGCUCCCGAACAGAUGUCACAGCGUUUGGACGUCUAUCGUACGCGGAAAAAACAAGCCGAAGAUUUUCGCAAAAUCGUUCCAUGGAAUCAAAAGAGAGUUCUAAUUGGUUCGAUGGAAUCAAUUCGAACACGCCAAAACGUUCCAAAGGAAGCCAUGUAAGUGCCAGAGAACGUUCGGAUCGCCAUUCGAAUGUUCAUGCGAAACGUUCGCAAGAACAAAGCGAUUUAAGUGUGGGAAAAAAUACGCACGAACGAAGCCACUUAAAUGCUCAGGAACAUUUGGACUUGCACUACAUAGAUACUGCGGCAAAUUCGAACGAACGAUCGAACAAAACGAAACGUUCGAAUGGAACCGAGUUGAAUGUAGAGACGGAUUCCCAAGGAAGCCAUUUAACGAAUGAACAUUCAUCAGACAGCGAGACAAGCGCGCAGCUAGUAAAACAGAGCGGGAAACGAGGAUUCCGUAAAAAAAUGGCAAACGCGGAGGGAGUAAAGAGAUUAAAACAAUCCGCGGGCAAAAAGGACAAUUCUUGGCGACAAAAUAGCCGCUCCAGGCGUCUAGUGGCAAAUGCCAGAGAAAGAUCAAGAAUACAUAUAUUGAGUGACGCAUUUGAGAACUUACGGCGGGCCGUGCCUAGCUAUUCGCAGGAUCAGAAACUUUCGAAACUCGCAAUCCUCAAACUGGCGACGUAUUAUAUUUCUGCGCUCGCCAAUCUAGCUGAGAGCGAUACCUCUGCAAGAUCGUUGAAACAAUUCGCGGAUUGUGUUUCGCAUUGCACGAAGGCGUUGCAGACAGAAGGCAGAUCACGGAGGAAGCAUUUCUAA